AGGUGAGUUAGCAGGAGGAGGAGGAGGAAGCGUGCGGAGCAGAGCGCUCGGAUAAUGCUAAAGUUACGGACAUCUGAGUGAACUUCUAGCAAUAAAUUUACUAUAAAUCUAAAAAUAUAUAUAUACAACAUAAACAUGUCAAAAAGAGAUACAUUUGGACCAGAUUACUUCCGUAUGGGUGAACAUGUGCGCAUCAUGCAGACGCGUGAGGCUGUGGUCAACUUGCUCCAUAGAGGAGGCACAGGAUACAAUCUGUUAGAUACCUUCAGUUUUGGUUGUGGAAUGGGUCUGGAUCACUACCCUACUGAGUUUGUGGAGUAUGUGGAAUCUUCUGAUGACGAUGAUGAUUUUGGCAGCCAAAACAAUAGAUACUGUGGUUUCUCUCCGAACUUUCUAAAUAGAGGGUUUCCAAACACACGGCCUGCAAUAGGCUGCUUUAAACCAGUCAAACGCAUCUCACCAGAGGAGGCAGCAAAAAAUGCUAAGGAACUGUUAGAUGAAGAGGAAAAACUUAAAAAAAAGGCAGAGAAGAAAAAACAGAAGAAAAUGCGGCAGCGAGAGAGACGUCGACUAGAAAAAGUAGAAAAAGAAAAUACUGAUAAAGAUAAAAACAAAAAGGUUGGUCCUGGUACAGUGAAAUCUAAACUUACAGAAAGUGGCUGUGGAAAUAAGGAUAAAACAAAUAACAAUGCACCUCUACAUCCUGACCAUUGCCCACAGAUCUCCUCUGUAGCUACAGACAGCAGUGACAGUUCUGAUGAGGAAGAUGAUGACGAUAAAGGAAGUCUAUCUGAUGAUCUCCAGGAACUGGACAUGAACAGCUGCUUUGUGACAAAUGCAGCAGCCAUUGCCAAACGCAAACUCGAACAGAAACCUAAAUCUGAUAGGAAAGACAAAAAAGCUGAGAACUCCAGGAAAUAUGAGGCAGAAAAGAAAACCGUAGCAGAGCCUCAGAUUAGGAAUCAUGAGAAUGAGGAGGGGUCAGGAGAGGCAGUAAAUGACUUUGUUACAAAGAGCAUGGAGCUAGCAGUGACGGGCAACGCAUAUGCACAAGCAGGGAAUUUGGAUAUGGCAGUGAAGUUUUUUACUGACGCUAUUAAACACAAUCCUAAAGAGUUUAAGUUGUUUGGGAAUCGCUCCUUCUGUUAUGAGAAAAUGCAACAGUAUGAGAAGGCCUUAAUAGAUGCUGAUAUUGCUCUGUCUUUAAACCCCACAUGGAUUAAAGGACUCUACAGAAAAGGCAAAGCACUGGUUGGGCUUAAGAGAUACUAUGAUGCUAGUCUGACCUAUAAGGAAGUUUUAAAGUUGGACAGCUCCUGUACUGAUGCUGCUCAAGAGCUGAUGAGGGUACGGAUAAUGCAGUUAAUGGAUAUGGGCUUCACUCGAGAACAGAGUUCAAAUGCUCUGAUUAUACAUGGAACAGUAGAAAAAGCCUUAGAAGCUCUCUCUGGGUUGCAGGGUAGUGUUGCAACUGCCACUGUGCCCAGUGAAGUGUCUGUUGAAGAGGAUUGGAUACGUGCAGAGAGAAAUCCUCAUCCUCAUAAAGUCCCUCUCAGAACAGUCCUUCAGAACCAGCCUAGAGCCAACACUGCAGUCAAGACUUCACCCCAAGAGCUGUUUCCCAUCUGGGUCGGGGAUCUGGUACCUGCCUUAUCAGAGUCAAAGAUCUAUGAACUCUUCAGGGUCCAUGGGCCAGUCCAUAGUGUAAGAGUACUGCAGGACAAACGCUGUGCUUUUGUCAACUACAUCAACAAAGAGGACAGUAAAAAAGCCAUCCGAGAUAUGCAUGGUUAUGCUAUUGCAGGAACUUCUCUUGUGGUGCGUUAUCCGGACAGAAUCUACACACAUCUUGGCGCAUCCAAAACAGCAGCAACAGACACAGGGAAGGUUAGUAAACUACCUGAGGAAUGUUUUUUCUGGAGGACAACAGGCUGCAUUAAGAACAAUCGCUGUGCUUACAAACAUGUACCAGAACACAAAGGCAUUGAUCGACCAAAAGCUAAAUGAUGACAGAAUGUCUGAUGUUAAUCCACAGUACAAGAUAUUUUAUCUCCCAUUUAGUAAAGAAAGCUUAUGAUGGGAUACAUAACAAAAACACCACAUGUACUAAUAAAUAAGAGGCAAUCGAUGGGAUGCUCAGAAGAUUUUCAGUAUGUAUUUCUGUUACUGUUUGCAACAAUCGAUUACUAGAGUUGAAAGCUACCGUGCUCACCUUGUCUGUGGUUAGAUCUGAAUUGCCCUCCUUAAUGUUGGGUUCACUGUGUGUGCAGCAUCACUCUAAUUCACAUAAUAUUCCCAUACCAAGUUUAUCUAAUCCUCGCUUUUUUCAACAAGUGCUUAAAACCAAAUCUAAAUUCUGUUUUCCUUGCAUGAAUACUUGGAUUAAAGGCAAGCUUACUGCAAAUUUUUCAUUUCUUGCACUUUAUAUUUUAUUUUUCAUUGAAGAUUUAGUUUUAAUUACGCUUUCAUGUCUUAAACCAGAGGGUGUUUUGACUUUGUAAGUCUUAAUUGGGCCAGGAAAAAGUCCAUGCUUAGACUCAUCCUCGUCUCCUCUAGUGUUUUAUUUACUAAUUGAGUAAUGUUAUGGGGGUAUAUUAAUCUCACUGGGGCAGUUAAAACAGCCAAACCUUUUUUUAUAAAGUGUAAUAAACAUGCCAAAACUGUAUUAUGUUGCCUUUUUUACAAAUUGAAAGUCUAUGUACCACAUACAGUGCUAUGAUAUUGUACUGUAAAUGUUUUGUGAUUACACAAAUUAGCAUGGCAUUGCUGUUUUUUCAUUAUUUGUUUCCUGUGUACCCACAAAGACACAAGCAACAGGCACAAGCACAUGCAUUGUUUACUGGUUUUCUGUCUUAGAUUCUGUGCAUUGCGUUUAGAUUUGUUAUUCUGUGCCUUUCAGAGAGAAUGACAUAGAGGGAAAUAAAUGGUCAUACAUUAUGCAAUUGAUUUCAAUCCAGACACAAGUUAUGCAUUCAUUUUUAUAAAUCUCCAUCUAUAAACUAUAAACUGAGCUAAAAAAAAUGGGUUGGGAGGUAGGGGUCAAAAUAAUAUUGUAUUCAUUUGCCCUUGUAGUAUUCCAAGAUUAUUUUUAAGUCUUCAGAUAGAGAUGCCAACCUCAUUUCAAUUGCCUAAGAUAGUUCAAACAUAUAAAGCUGAAAAUGUACAUGUAAUGUCUUAUUUAACACAAAUCA